UCGAGCUCACACAUCUCCACAUUCAGUCUGGUGUGGAGCGCGUGUGUGGAGAGCUGCGUGUGCCUCCCCGGAGCGCGCGCAGCGCAACUAUUCUGGGACUCUUUUCGCGCGGCAGUUUGUUCGAAUCGAAACAGUUUGGGAUUUUACGAGUAUUUGCUAACACGAUGAACAGCUCUUCCCAUUCAAGCAUAAGAAGAUCGCGUCACCAGAGCGCACUGACAGCUCAAGUGUUUCAGAGCGUCGGUGACACAACCUAACGCGUGAAGUCUGGAAGCGCUUACCUGGCUGUCAGAAAGAUGGACUCAGAAUGGGUGUAACUCCGUCCAAUGCAACGAAGGAAGAUGCCAACAUCACCGUCACCUCGUGGCCGUACACGGAGACGGCCGCCGCGUUCAUCAUCCUCGUGGUUUCCGUCAUCAUUCUGGUCACUAUUGUUGGGAACGUUCUGGUCAUCGUGGCUGUGCUGACCAGCCGCGCUCUCCGCGCGCCACAGAACCUCUUCCUAGUGUCGCUCGCGUGCGCGGACAUCCUCGUGGCCACGCUAGUGAUCCCGUUCUCCCUUGCCAACGAGAUCAUGGGAUACUGGUUCUUCGGCAGCACCUGGUGCGCGUUUUACCUGGCUUUGGAUGUUCUGUUCUGCACGUCGUCCAUCGUGCAUCUGUGCGCCAUCAGUUUGGAUAGGUACUGGUCCGUCACCAAAGCGGUGAGCUACAACUUGAAGCGAACUCCGAAGCGCAUCAAGUCCAUGAUCGCGGUGGUGUGGGUCAUCUCAGCCGUCAUCUCAUUCCCACCUCUCAUCAUGACCAAGCACAACGAGAAGGAGUGUUUAAUAAACGACGAGACCUGGUACAUCCUCUCCUCGUGCAUGGUGUCGUUUUUCGCGCCGGGGUUCAUCAUGAUCACGGUGUACUGCAAAAUCUACCGCGUCGCCAAACAGCGUUCGUCCACAGUGUUCGUGGCCAAGAACGGGCUGGAGAGGCAGCCCUCCCAGUCCGAGACGUGCUUUGUGAGGAAGGAUAAGUUUGAGAAGGAGUCCCCGAGCAGCAACAGCUCGGAAAGCAACCAGAGACAGGAGGAGCUGGAUGAUAUCGACCUGGAGGAGAGCGCGACGUCCGACAACAAACCCCAGAGCUCGCGCUUCUCCAAGCGCAGGCGGGUGGACGGCGCGCGCUGCUGCCCUCAGAGGACCUGCCGGAUCUCCUGGGUUUCCAGUCAGGAGCAGAGCAGCAAACAGCUCGCGGUGGCGUCGAAAACCAAAGUGGCUCAGAUGCGGGAGAAACGCUUCACCUUCGUUCUGGCUGUGGUCAUGGGAGUGUUUGUCCUCUGCUGGUUCCCUUUUUUCUUCACUUACAGUCUCCAGGCCAUCUGCGGCCAGAGCUGCGAGCCGCCCGAGGCGCUUUUCAAGCUCUUCUUUUGGAUUGGUUACUGCAACAGCUCAGUGAAUCCCAUCAUUUACACGAUUUUCAACAGGGACUUUAGAAAGGCUUUUAAGAAAAUCGUUUGCUUGACUGCGCAGCGCACCUGAGAGACCCGUGUUUGGGCACUUUAGGCACGAUUAAAAUGCACGAAUGUUAUCAGAAAUCAAACCAAGUGGAAUCUGCAAACUAUGGCCUAAUUAUAACUUGUUUCUUCUACCAUUGUGACUCGCAUUAUAACAUUUUUCAUGUUCAAAUUUAUUUUUGCUACUUUUCAAAUGCCUUUUAAUGUUUAUAAAAUAUAAAUGUAAUAUGUUUAAAGCAACAAACAGUGCAUUUUUAAAACUAAUGAGCUUAAAAAUGUUAUUGUUAUUAUUUGAAUUCAUGGUCAAUUUUCACAAACUAUCAGUGAGACAUAUUUACUCAAAAAAAAAAAAAAAAACACACACAUUUUCACCAGAAAAUGCUAUAUAAAAUUGACAGAAUUCUGCUGUGAUGCAUAUGUUGUUAAUGGAAAUGUUAAAAGAGUGUAAAAGUGUGUUUGAAGCGAGGGCCACAAGGCCAAACAUGCUUAGCUGAAGAAACACUCAGUGUCUUUUAAUCACCUGCACUGAAAAUAAAUGAUAAGAUUUACUUUGAAACCAUUUUCGUUCAGAAAUGGCAAUUACACCUUGACACAAAUGUGCAAUUUUGAAGACUUACUAGUAUUUUCUUGUAAAGCGUACUUCAAUAAUCGUUGUUUUAUUAACUUUGUAAACUCUUUUUUUUUUUUUUUUUUUUUUUUUACACUGUGGUGGUUUUAAAGUCAGUUUUUUCAUUGUUUUAUCAUUUAAACCAUAUGUGCCAUCUGGUAUGAUUUUUUUUCUAAUCCAAUGACAUUCAGACAUUUUAAACUGUAAAAUGUGACUCUAGUGUUCAAAUAAUUCUUGGUGCCUCUGAUGUACAUAUUGUUUGUAUAUAUUAAAUGAGGAAUAUUUGACUUUCGUCACCACAGUAUCAACACUCCCUGUAAAUACAUAUAAUGUAUAAAUGUGAACUAAAAUGGCAUUAAAUAUUCUAUUGUAUAUUGUACCGUAUAUUUUACCAUAUAUUUAUAUACAGAAAUACAACUAACCCCGGUCUCUUCAAUCUGUGGGGAAAAGCAGCUUUUGUAAGGGCUCCAGGGUCUCAGUUUCUGAUCCUCUAUGUGCUGGGGGGGUUGGCUCAAUCACCUUUGGCACAACUCUAUCAAAAGCUCUUAUUGAAAUCUACAUGAGUUGUUGGUAACACAAACAGACAUAAAGGAAGCUGGUUUCUAAUUCAAGAAUGAUAAAGCUAAAAUAAGACAUAUUAUCUGAUUCAUGCACACUGCAAUCCAUCAUAUUUUGUAUCUUAAUCUAAAGUCAGACAGAAUAUUCCUGCAUUCUUGAGGGAGCGGCUGCAUAAGAGGUUUUAUCUUAAAAACGCUGUCGAAAAAGAGACGCAAUAUACUGCUUUCCCAAAUCCACUGUUAUCACGAUCUAGAGACCUUCACAAACAAAAUAGCAUGGUACAUGCUGCUUAGAAAAGGUUAAAGAAAAGUCAAAACUUCCUUUUAAAAAAACCACUGUGCUAUAAAUGUAGAUCUAUGUGAAAGUUCAUGCUUAAACUGCAUUAAUGCAAUGCACAGCUCACAUCAGCUCCAUCAAGCAGAAUGCAAUGCUUGGAUUAUGAACCAGGCCAGCAGGGCCUCGAACUGAGAGGUCUAAAGCUGCCUGGCAGCCAAAUAUAAGAAUCUGUAAGAGAAAAUUUGAUAUUGAUCCACCAACAGUGCUUGAAUGACUACUAGCAGGGUGUAAAAUAAAUAUCAUUCAUCCCACACAUCCGCAGCACAUGUGUUACUGCAGUUUUACGGUUGUAUCAUCACUGUCACAUUUGCAAUGUAUUAAACAAAUGGU